AUGCUGUUUUCGUGCACCGUCGGCCAGCUCGUCAACCACCUCCAGGCAACGCUCGCCGUAAACACCCAUAUCCCCCUAGAAACGCUCUGGGAAGCCGCCAGCAGGCACACACACACCACGGUGCUCGACGGGUUCCAAAAAAACGUCGUUUGGCGCGCGCUUUUGGCGGUCCCCGGCGACCCGCUAGUCGAGAUCUAUGCCCGCAACCAGCCGGUGCCCUUUGACCGCGAGCUCUCGUACGGCGCGCUCCUCCGGCUCGGCAGCGAGGCGGAAAUCACGCUCCGGCCCUCGGAGCCGUGCCAGUUCCGGUAUUUGACCAACACGGCCGACUACGCCAUGCUCAAAACAAGCUUGGGCGAGCACCCGUUUGCCUUGCUCGUGGUGAUCGCGCGGCACGGCGCGGAGGGCGUGUUGAACGCGGACUUGGCACGCGAGGCCGGCCAGGACAUCCGCCUGUUGCGGCUCCGGCUCAUCAAGCUCGAACAAGCCGCGCUUGUGGUGUGCCGCAACGUGUACGUCAACAAGAAACACACCACGUGCUCCGUGCACGUACGGUUCGCCGGCGGCUUGGCGGCAGCAAGUGCGCAGGACGAUGCCGACAACAGCCUCGACGCCACGCGCGACGUGGCCCGCUUGCGCCGCGCGGUGGUGGCGGCGUUGCAGAGUGCGCCCAACCACUUGCGUGGGUUUUCGGACUUGCGCAAGGAGUUGCGCCUCGACGGCUCGCGCCUGGCGUCCAAGUUCUUCCGUAGCGUGUGCCUCAAAAUGCACCGCCAGGGCAUUGUCGAGAAGCUCCACGUCGAGCUUCCGGCGACACGCCAGCGCGUGUACGCCAUCCAACUCGUGGCCGACGCGCCCGCGCAAGCCGCAGCUCCCGACGACCUCGAGCUCCCGGAGAUCGACGACCCCGCGGCGUUCGGCGACUCCGACGUGGACAGCGACUCGCCGGACCACGCGGUUGAGCACACGUUCCCCGUGCUCAACCGUAUCUUUCCCGUGUUCCACCAGAUAUUCCAGCAGGUGGCCGCCAGCGAGCGCCGUGGCGUCACCGCAGGCGAGGUCAACAAGGCGCUCGUGGGCACCGCGGACUACCGCCCCUUUGCGCGGCUCUUCGAGCUGCUCCCGAGCUACCUCAGCAACCUGAAGAACUUGAAGCCCUUCAAGAAGUACGCCGAGCCCUACGACGACUACUCUAUCAUCAAGCUCUACGAAAACGAGGGCAAGCUACGCUUCUACAAGUACUUUGCCAUGCCCUUCUGUUCCGAGGAGAAACCAGCCCCCAAGCCGUACAGCUUCGUGUCCAAGCCUACAAAGCUCCUGCUCACAGCCCUCCAGAAGAAGUUGCACGUGGCCCCCAGCAAGGUUUCCAACGACUCUUUGCGGGCCAAGAAGCGCCGCUUGACGCUCUUGGACCGCGCCCCAGAACCGCUGCCCACCCCACAAAAGAGGCCCCGGCGCGUAGACUCGAAGAAAGCGAGCAUUCUGCCCGAACCUCCGGCACAGUUGUUGUCUCAUAUCAAGCCCCAAGCAGAGAGCACCACGCAAGCAUCGACUCUCUCGCCGGCCAGCGACAAGACUAGCCCGGCUCGCUCUAGCGGCGAAAAAGCAGCGCCAGUGGCUAUGCCCGAAAUCGACAGUCCCCCAUUCCCUUCCAUGAAACCCAAUUCGCAAGCAGCAUCGGCAAAACCUGCCCGUAACAGGCGCCGCGAACGACACCAGUUGACCGCCUCACAGGCAGAAGGCUCUCUCAAGGCCAUUAGCCGAAGAGACCACAUUUUAGACAUCAUUCGCGAAGAAGGCGGUGCAACUUUCAAGAGCGCAUCACUCUGCCGUAAGCUUGACGAGCGACUUGGCCUGGCCACCAAGACAGAUAGCAAGACGCUCAACAGGGACAUCACUCAUCUUACAGAAUCAGGCGUCCUAGAAUCUCAGAAGGUUUUGGUUGAUUUCGAGGGAAAGCAAGUCGAGAAGCGCGUGCUUGUGCUCAAAGACCCCCUGCAGAGGCCAACAGCCGAGGUCAUGGAAUCUUUGAAGGCCAAAUACGUCGAGCACAUGAGCAAAAAGAAUAUGAAGAUUUUUGAGCGGCGCUUGAUUCAGUCCGAAAUGAAACUCUACGUUGAGAAGCCAAACACAACGAUGGUUUCGCCCGUCACGCGCAUGAGAAGAGGGAAAGGCAGGCUCGCCACUUUGGGCGAGGAAGGCUACGAAGAACCCGAGGUUGAAGAUGAAGAUGAAAAGCCCCAAACCUCAAGGAGGAGCCAGACAAGCAAAAAGAACGAGGACUUGGAUAUCUUGGAGCGCAUCAAACGCGCGAAAAGACCAAGAAAGGCUACAAUCGCUUCUGUUCCAUCCUCUGGGCCCAGGCGCACAAGACGCAACAUCAAGAUCGAGAGGUCCGGUGCCACUAUUGUGUACAGGUCGGUUGUCAUUUCGAAGACAUUCUCUAAAGACGCAAUUGACUUUGAUGCGAUUGCUUCCUUUCUCGAGGAUAUAGAUGGGGCGUUGUUGCGGCAAAAGUGGGGCACACUUCGGCGCCUGUUUGGUGGUGCAGAGGCAGUCAGCAAAGGUGUGGAGACUUUUCAAAAUAUGGUCCUCCAGGGAGUAGAGGAUGGCCAUAUUAUGGAAGAAGAUCUUUUGGAGGGCGACCUUCGGUUCUUCUUGGACUUCUGGACGAAGUUUGAUAAGACCACAGAAUUUGCUGUCAUCGAUGAGAUGCCCUUAUGGUCCACUUUCGAAAAGAACACGGAUGAGUAUACGUUCAAGCGAGGGCUUGUUGAAAACACAUCUAGUCUUUCCGAAAGAUUGGAAUAUCAGUCGAUGAGACAAAAAGAAUUUGCACUUGGCCAGCAAGUCUUUACAUGCGAGGCGAACCUUACGCCCUCUACAAAACCAGAAGACGACGUGAAAUCUAUUCUCAAGUCUAUAUUCACUACUGGGGAUGGAAACUUUGAUCCCAUCAUGGUUAAGACAGUACUAGGUCGUUUUGGUGAUGAGGCAGUGCGGUCAGCCACAAAUGCCGCAUUACGUGACAAAGAGAUUCAGUAUCUUGCGUUUGAUGAUAGCCCAAAAUUUGUGUUGGGCGAACAGUUCAAGAAUGCGCUCGUGAAUCGACAGUUCAACAGUAAGCUUUUCCAUCAGGCGGCUUUGUUUAAAGAAACGCUAAAUGAUAUUUCGGCAGUGGGAAAAGGUCUCAUUUUGUCCCAGGGCAUACAGCCUGGAGAGAUCGCAUGCUUACUUGAGCUUAUUUCUGACGGGUUGGUUGACAUGACACGUAUUGAUCGGACGUUUAAGUUCGAAAACUACGAGUCCAGGCUCGUGGACAAAGAACAGAUUGGCUGUGAUAUUGUAGUCCAAGUGGAUUACCAAAAGGCAAAAUCGAUACUGCCAAUCACUGCCCGCGUCCCAAUCAAAGCCGCUUGCCAGCCCGUUUGGGUCGAUUUGAACGCCCACAUCAACAAAGAGCUUUGGAUUAAGACAAUCAUUUCACUCCUAGCCCACGUGGUGUUUCGACCAGGCAUUACAGAUUUCUUGGUUCAUGAAAAGAUGCAAGCAGUGUUGUCAUACUCUGACUACUGCAGCGCCAUGGGCUGGCUCGUCCAAAGUGGCUGCGUACAAAAAUCCGAUUCGGGCGGGUACCUGGCGACAAAUUGCUGGUCUUACAUUCUUGGACACUACAGAAAAUGA